GUGUAUGUGUGUGUGUGUGUGUGUGUGUGUGUUCAGAGGGCAGGACAUCUCAGUGGGAGUGAAUCAGAGAGAAGAUCAUAUAAAAGACACCGGGAGACUGUGGGACCUUAAAUCCUUGUCCUCUCAUCAGCUGCUCUCUUCACUCCCUGUGCUGCUCAGUUGUGUCGAUCUCGUCUCCUCCAUCAUGCUGGUGCGAGCUCUGCUCCAGACCUCGCUGGUCCUCUGGCUGGCUCAGCAAACUCUGCAAGGCGGGGUUAAACCUCAGAGUGUGUCCUGGGGGAGAGUGCUGCCAGCCAGAGGUGUUAAUGUUGGAGUAAAACCUGGAGUUGCAGGGGCCCUCGGCGCUCUGGGGAACCGAUAUGGCAGCAAAGCAAUGAAGACUGGACUUGGACGUUAUCCAGGGGCUCAGCUUGGUGUUGGAGGUUACAGGUCUCUUGGAUUGGGAGGUAGAGCAGGUCUGAAGCCGGGUGGAUAUGGAACCCAGGGAGCAUAUGGUGCCAGCCUGGGCACAGGAAUGGGUCUGGGGACUGGACUUCCAAAUGGACUGGGACUGGGCUACGGUCAGGAUGCAAGACGUGCCUAUGGUGCUGGUCUUGGCAAUCUGCCCGGAUACGGGCAAGGAUCUCUCGCCGGCAUGGGCUAUCAUGGAGCUCGACCAGGACUCGGACUUGGGUAUCCCACUGGACAGAGAGCUGAGGACCAAAUACCUGGUUACACUGGAGGAGCAGGGAACUACCUGGGAGCCAGCCUUGGUGCUGGAGGCUAUGGCGCAGGAUUGGGACAGGGAACGUACCUGGGUGGUGCAGCUGGCAAACUUGGAGCUGCUGCUGCACUUGGACAAGGUGGGUAUCCUCAAGGUGCUGCCGGCAAGUUAAACGGCUACGGAGAGGGAGCGUACCUGGGUGCUGUUGGCAACGGCUAUGGUGGAGGAGAUGCGGCAAAAGCUUUGGCUGCAGGCUACGGGAAUGGAUUCAGCGACGGAUAUGGAGCCGGGCUUGGUUACCCUGCAGAGUUAGCUGAUGUUGCUGAGAACAAAGCAGGGAAGCGUAAAGCCCUCAGUACAGGAGGCUAUGGUGGCCAGGGAGGAUACGGAGCACUCGGUGCAGGACUGGAUUCAACUGCAGGCAAAUAUGGAGGCGCCCCUCAGGUUCCUUAUGGUAAUGCCCCAGUGAUUCCUACUAGACUGGAAGGUGAAGGGGGCUAUCCGUAUGCUGCUCAGCCACUCAGCCUGACUGCUGAAGGUGCUAAAACCUCCAGCAAAUAUGAAGCUGGUGCAGGAUUUGGAAAUCAGCAAACAGGUUAUGGUGCUCAGAUGGGGGCGACUCAGGAUGCUUUGGGAGAGCAGGCUGGAAAAUAUGGCGGCAUGAACGGUCCCCUUGGAAAUGGAUACAAAGGUUAAUUCACAUGACCUGAACCUCCUGAAGUGGAUUGUUUCCAUGAUGUGUUCACUGUAAUGUGUUUUGUGUGUUUCACUCCAUUUUGUCCUGGAUUGUUUUUUUUUGUUGUUAUCAGCUUUGCCUUAUGUUUUC